UAUUUGCAAUUGAAAAUUCCCUUCUUUUAAAGAUAAAAGAUAUUGCAGUACUUGGGAACCUCCUGCAUAGCGACAAAGCUGGCUUGCUCUUGCCUGGACGACACUCUGUCGUUCUUAAGGGCACAGCGCUCAUCUCUCGGUCCUUCGUGUGUGUGAAGAUGCUGUGGCUGGGAGUGAUCGUCUUCGCCAUUUGCACAGUGGACGGGCAAAGCUUUCCUGCAGGCAAUUGCAGAAGCCGAAAUGACUGCCCAGGCUACCUCGAACUCGCCCGACGGAAGACCGACCCUUCGCUGCAGCUGUUCUUCGCCACAGGACUAGGCAAAGAGUUGCUGAAGUUCACCAACAGAUGCUGCAAAUCCUCUCUGUUCCCGACUGAGGAAGAAUGCGGCAUCGCUGAACCGUCAGGUCCUGUUAACGACCUCCAGCGGCGUGGCGCAUGGCCUUGGCUCGCAGCCCUCAGUCCCCAUCCCGGCAACAAAUUUUCAGUGAUUUGCGGCGGAACGCUAAUUAAUCGGCGCCAUGUUCUGACUGCGGCGCAGUGCUUGGUGUUACCAAACAGUGAAAAUCCGAAAUACGCCCGCCUUGGUGAGUACGACUUGAAUGUCGAGGACGACGCCAAGUACAUUGAGCUCGGCUUCGCGCGGUUCGAGGAAGCGGGGUUCGACUUCAACCGAGACAUCGCCGUCAUCACUCUGGACUCUGAUGUCGAGUUUAAUGAUUUCAUACGACCAGCCUGCCUUCCCUUCAACUACGAGGACGCGGACUUCGUGAACCAGCACCUCGCCGUCGUUGGCUAUGGGCGCACUUCGGGUCAGUUCUGUGAAACGGGCGUGUCUUUAUUUUUGUAUACAUACGUAAAUACACACAUACGGACCUUUACAUAUUCGUUGAUUAGUUCAUACCUGCCUAUGUCCAUACACACACAUCUUUGUAGGCAAACAGAUUGAUAAUUCAAACGUUUA